AAAUGGAUGGUGCUACGAUAUAUUUCUUCAAGAUCUGUAUCCACGUCUGGACAGUGACUCGUCGCAAACAUUCGGUCCUUACUCAAAUUCGUAUAGUAUGGUGAUAAUGAGGCUUAAGGAGUGCAGUUCUUUCAGUCCUGAGAAAAAGUCCUGCUAUCACAGGAAUUAAACCUAGGACACGUUAAUCAAAAGGCAAGCAGCGUAACCCAUCCUGCCAACGUUCAAAUCUCCCUCUUGUUUUUGUUUGUUUUUGUUUUUUGUAUUUUUGUUUUGUUUGUUUGUUUUUGUUUUUGUUAAGCCUCAAGUCCGUGGUCGAUCAGCUCGAGUCAGUCUGGCCAAGGCAAAUGACUCAGUCGAACUACCUUUCUAAUUCUGAUGAUCAACAAAUUCGAGGACCGAGAUACAUGUGAUAUUGUCAAUGCGUAAAAUUUUGAGGUUAAAUGGUCCAGUAGUUUUUGAGUUAUGCUCUCGGAAGGACAUACAGACAGACAGACACAUACACAGCCCCACAGACACACAAACUGACGGAGCUCAUUGCAAACCCUCUUUCUCUGAGGGAGCAAGAGUAGCAGCAGCAGCUAAAAAUAAUGUGGUUCAAUUCAUUCAUCUUCAGGCAGUUCUACGUUCCAGUAUCAGUGCUCACAGUAUAGUGUGUACCUACUCAACGACAGCCAACCGUACACCUGGGUAGACCUAAAGCAAAUCUGCAAAUCAAUGCAUGGUUAUCUUGCAAGCAUUACAACUGAAGAUGAAUUAGAUGCCGUCCUUAACAACACGGACAUGUCAGACAAUGCUAGAUUCGCAAUCGGAUUAUCGCGGCUGCCGGGAUUAAAUCGGGAUGAUAAUAGAAACUGGAAGUGGGAAACAGGAGAGGAGUUGUCUUCCUUUAUUUCAUGGGGUAAGAAUCAGCCUAAUGAAGGCGAAUCAAAUCAUGCAGGAAUUCGAAUCAACAACAGAGCGAUCUUUGAUGAUAACGCUAACAACGUUUUGAAUCAAGGAAAAAAGCCAACAAAAGGAUACAUUUGUGAAUAUGCUGUGGACAGAUGUGAUGCUAGUCCAUGUCAGAAUGGGGCUACAUGUGUCAUGACUGCCGACUGCCAAGCCUUAACUUGCACUUGCCCGGAAUGUUGGACAGGAGCAAUAUGCCAAGAACCAAUUGACUUGUGUGCAACAAGUACCAACUGUCUAAAUGGAGCGACGUGCCAGAUGUUAAACGACUGUAACGACACGACUUGCCUGUGUGCUGGCUGCUACACUGGGCCCACUUGCUCUAUCUUGUUGAACCCUUGCAAUAGCUUUCCUUGCCAAAAUAGAGGGAACUGCUCACCUGACACCUGUACUGAUUACACAUGUACCUGCCAAGGUUGCUUCUCUGGUGAUAAUUGCCAAACAUAUAUAUGUAGCAACUUCACAUACCAGAACGAUGGGACGUUUGUUCCUAACCUCGGCACGUGUAAAAUUUCAUGUACAGGAUAUAGGAAAACCUCAUGA